CCGAAGUGAAAACAUUUUAAACACAUUGAGUGAGUCCUUAACACCUGCGUUUUGUUGCGACAACAGACGGAGUUUUGCAACAGGUGAUUUUAAUUGAGAGUCUCACUUUGGCGCUGUUUGGACCGUUUUAUACUGUUAUUUGUUUUUGGAGUGGCGCCUGAAAUGAGUGCCGACUUUGCGUUCUUAUAUUGAGGUAUUCGUAGGCUACGAGUGGACACCAGCUUGUAACGGAAGGGCGAGCAGCCAGAAGGUCCUAGCUGCUUCUAAAUGAUCAGCUCGGUGUGCGUUUCGUCUUACCGGGGCCGCAAGUCAGGCAACAAACCUCCAUCUAAAACAUGCCUGAAGGAGGAGAUGUAUAGAGGGGAAGACUCCGACAAAAUUAUCAUCAACGUGGGCGGCACUCGACAUGAAACCUACAAGAGCACCCUCAGGACCCUGCCGGGCACCCGCCUGGCAUGGCUGGCAGACCCGGAUCUGCAGGUCAACUCGGAUGCUGCGCCGACGAGUGCCGAGUUAUUCUUCGAUAGACACCCGGGCAUCUUUGCCUACGUGCUGAACUACUACCGAACCGGCAAGCUGCACUGCCCGGCCGACGUCUGCGGGCCCCUCUUCGAGGAGGAGCUGGCGUUUUGGGGCAUCGACGAGACCGACGUGGAGCCGUGCUGCUGGAUGAACUACCGGCAGCACCGGGACGCCGAGGAGGCUCUGGAGACAUUUGAACCGCCGGACCCGGAGACAGACGACGACAGAGAGAUGCCGAGGCGGUUCGGCAUCGAGGACUGUCCCGACAGGUCGAGGGGUUGCUGCGAAAUUUGUCAGCCAAAGGUCUGGGCCUUGUUUGACGACCCUUACUCGUCCAGAGCAGCCAGGGGAGUGGCGUUUGCUUCUCUAUUUUUCAUCCUGGUGUCCAUCACCACUUUCUGCCUGGAAACCCAUGAAGCCUUCAAUGAACUGAAGAACCGGACAGAGCAGAUCUUUGUUGGAAACGUCACAAGCAAUGUGCAGACGCAGCAGAUGGUGACCAGGCCCAUCCUCACCGUGGUGGAGGGCGUCUGUGUGGUCUGGUUCACAUUUGAAUUCUUGGUUCGUAUCGUCUGCUGCCCAAACAAGGUGGUCUUCAUCAAGAACACGCUCAACAUCAUUGACUUUGUGGCCAUUCUGCCAUUCUACCUGGAGAUGGGCCUGAAGGGUCUUUCAUCCAAAGCUGCCAGCGACGUGCUGGGCUUCCUCCGUGUAGUGCGGUUUGUUCGGAUCCUCCGAAUAUUCAAGCUGACACGGCACUUUGUAGGCCUACGCGUGCUAGGCCACACACUGCGGGCCAGUGUCAAUGAAUUUCUCCUCCUCAUCAUCUUCUUGGCCCUGGGUGUACUCAUCUUUGCCACCAUGAUAUACUACGCUGAGCGCAUCGGAGCCAGUCCCAGCGACCCCACAGGCUCCAACCACACACAUUUCAAGAACAUCCCGAUCAGCUUCUGGUGGGCCGUGGUCACCAUGACAACACUGGGCUAUGGAGACAUGUACCCAAAGACUUGGCUGGGCAUGAUGGUGGGGGCGCUAUGCGCGCUGGCCGGGGUGUUAACCAUCGCCAUGCCCGUCCCCGUCAUCGUCAAUAACUUUGGGAUGUACUACUCGCUGGCUAUGGCCAAACAGAAGCUGCCAAGAAAGAAGAAGAAGCACAACCCUAACCCAGAUGCUCCGACUGACUCAGUCUCAUUUGGAAAGUCUGAAACAAACUCACACAGAGACAGCACUCAGAGCGACACGUGUCCUCUGGCUGCUGAGGAGAACGUCAGCAGGAACCACUCAGACUCCAAACAGAAUGGGGAUGCAAAUGUGGCCCUUUCAGAGGAAGAAGGCUGCAGCUUGACCCAGCCGCUGUCCCCCAGUGAAAAGUGGUCCCUGCGGUGCUCCAGAGGGCGAGACAAAACUAAUAAGGAGGCCACCUGCUUCCUCCUAACCUCUGGAGACCCCAACAUCCAUACUGAGAGCUGUAAAGACAUCCUCGCGGACACUGGGAGCUACGCUCAGCCGGAGGUCACCACGCUGACCUGAUGCUGAUUGCCAACGAAAAGGAGAAAGAUUAUGAACUUUUGGUGGAGUACACGCAGUGCAGAGCUUCUUUUCCUCCCUGAAUUAAGUGCAGUGCAAGAUUUUUUUUAUGUAAUACAUCCAAAUGCCUGUAGUAGAAAAUUAGUUGUGUAGCAGAUUUACCAUAUGUAUACUCAUUUACAUGUUACAAGCAUUUUACAUGUUAUGCAUGAUCAUUGUACCAUUGUAUAAUGUAUACUUUAAAAAUUAGCUACCAUUAAAGUAGCUCUAUGAGUUCCUGCAUGGUUUCAGCACGAUUUCAUUUUUGUGUCAAAUCUUGGGUAUCUCUCCUUGAUACGCUAGCUGCCUGCCCCCUGAAGACACUGUGAAAAGCCCGGUCUUGGGAACCAGCACAGAGGUCGUAAACAACUAGGGGCUCAGGCUGUGGACCAAAAUACGACCCAGACAAGAUGGUCGGGGAAGGGGAUGGGGGUUAGUGACAGAUAGUUAGUCGUAACAGUUACAGAAACAUGGGGGGAGGGGCUUGUUCUGUUUUGUUUGGUAUUUUCUUGGAACGUCAACAGAAGUGACUUCAUGCAGG